AUGUACAUUGAGCGCAUCAUCCUCAGUGGUUUCAAGAGUUACAGAGAUCACACAGUUGUCGAUGGUUUUGACCCAUAUUUCAAUGCUAUCACUGGUUUGAAUGGAAGUGGUAAAUCCAACGUAUUAGAUGCUAUUUGUUUUGUUCUCGGCAUGAGCAACAUUUCAAAUCUCAGAGCAGAAGGACUUCAAGGUCUUAUAUACAAAUCUGGACAAUCAGGUAUAUCUAAAGCUUCAGUCGAAAUUAUUUUCAAUAAUGAAGAUAAGUCUGCAAGCCCAGUAGGCUAUCAGGAGUUCGACAAAAUUACUGUUAUGCGUCAGGUUACAGCUGGAUCAUCAUCAAAGUAUUUCAUUAAUGAUCAUCCAGCAAAUCAGACUCGUGUUCAGAAUCUUUUCCACUCUGUCCAACUUAACGUUAACAAUCCACACUUCCUCAUUCAGCAGGGCAGUAUUGAAAAGAUUGUUAAAAUGAAGCCACCGGAGAUUCUCAAAUUAAUCGAAGAAGCUGCAGGUAUCAGCAUGUUCCAGGUGAAAAAGGAAGACGCAGUUCGUACAUUAGAAAAGAAACAACACCAAUUAGACGAAAUUACAAGAAUUAUUGAAACAGAAUUAAUACCAAACCUUGAAAAGCUCCGAAAAGACAAAGAUGAAUACAAUAAAUGGGCUACAUCUAAGACCGAAAUCGAUCGUCUUAGCAGAUGGCUCAUUGCUAAGAAAUUCACCGAUUGCGAAACAGCAAUCAACGAAGGCGAUGCAGCUGUCGUAAAAGCAAGACAAGAAGCUGAUGAGGCAAAGGCUGCAGAAGAGCAGUCAGCAGCUGAACUUGCAGAAAUCCGUCAAAAAAUCAAAGAUUUACAAAAUUCAAGAGAUGGCGAGACAAAGAAGAAGAUUAACGAACUUAACAAGCGUGCUGAAGAAAUCCAAGAAAAGAUAGAUAGCGCAACAAUGAAGAAAACUCAUGAUUUAGAAGAAUUAAAGAGAAUUAACUCAAAAGUCAAAAAAUUAACAGACCAAUUAAAGGAACAGAAAGAUGAACUCACUAAGAGACAAGAAGAAUCAACAAAAACAACAGAAGACCAUCAAAAACUUGAGAAUGAAGAACAAGAAGCUCUUGAAAAGGUUCAGCAACUCGAGAAGAGAAUUACAGAGGUAAAUAUCGGUAUUGCCAACGAAAAUGAUAAUAAAUCUCUCUCAGACAUCAUAGAAAAUGAGAAGAAGAAGCUUGCAGAUAUUGAUGUAAACUUAAUGAGGAUUUCCAACUCACAGCCGCAUCUCGAGAGACAGUUAAUGAGCUUGCAAUCACAGCUCAAGUCUUCCGAGCGAGAAAAAGUAGAGCUGGAGAACAAGAGAGACAAAGUAAGUUUUGAUCUUGAAAAUAUCAACGAGCAAUUAAGAAAUCUAAACUUCGAUCCUAACCGCGAGAGGAAUCUUUUGCAGGAGAGAGACCAAUUGUCCCACAAAUUGCAACAACUUUCCGAUGAAUUAGAUAAUCUUGAGAGAAACAUCAUUGGCGUCAAUAUCGAUUUCGCUAAUAAGCCUCAUGACUUGAAUGAAGAAGGAAUUUAUGGUGUAGUUGCUCGUUUAAUGAAGAUGAAAGAUGGAAAAUAUUCUCUUGCUGCAGAACAAGCCGCCGGUGGCCGUCUUUAUUACAUUGUUACUGAUAAUAAAGAGACAGCUACACAGCUCAUCAAGCCAGGCGUUUUGCAAAGGAGAUCUACAACAAUUCCAUUAAGAGAAAUCCGUUACAAAAACCCCGAUGCCGAAAAAGUCCGAAAAGCCCAAAGAAUUGAUCCAUCUGCUCACCCAUUAGUCGAUGAAGUAGAGUACAAGAAACUCUUCGAGCCGGCCAUCAGAUACGUCUUCUCAGACACUUUAGUUGUCGACACUUUACAAGGAGCAAGAGAAGUCACUUUUGACAAAAAUAUCAUGAUGAAAAGUGUCACUUUAGAAGGCGAUAUUGUUGAUCCGGCUGGUACAUUGACAGGUGGCAGUCGUCCGCAGAACUCCGGCAUUAUCGAGAAGAUUUCUUUGUUCACGCAAAAGGUCAAUGAAGAGAAGGACAUAAAAGAAAAAUUAAGACAAAUAAAUGACGAAUUGCGAACAUUGGAAAACGACUCUAGAAAGUACAGAGACUUGAUGCAUCAAAAGGACAUCAUGGAGUACGAACUCAAUAUUGCUAAUACAGCAAUAGCGAACUCUAGAAGCGCUGAAUACCAAAGACAAUAUGAUGAAAUUCAGAAUGAAUUGAAACAAAAUUCUGAAGAUGAAGUGAAAUUGAGAUCACAAAAAGGUGACAUCAGAAAAGAGAUUGACAGACUUUCUAGCGAGCUCGAAGCAUGGCAGAGCGAAAAGACAUCGCGUGUUGCAAGCCUCGAGAAACAACUUUCUGAAGCGAGAAAGUUACACGAAGAAAAAACAAAAAUCAGAUUUUCUUCGGAUAACGAAAUCGCAAGAGUUACUGUUUUAGUACAAGAACUGAAUAACCAGAUAAAGCAGAGUGAGCAACAACUCGAUGAUUUCAAGCACGCUGCAGAACAAAAAGAAAAAUCUGCAGAUGAAAACCAGAAAAUUUUGGAAAAGUCAAAUCAAGAAAAAAGUGACAAUGAAAAUGAACUAAAGAAAUUAGAUGAAACAAUGAGAUUAACAAGCAAAUCUCUUGAUGAGUUGCGUAAAUCUGAAGACGCAACAGCUGUUAAACUCCAAAAGGAAACCCAGAAAAGAAAGAAACUCGAAAGUCAAAUAGAAUCUCAUUCAAGAAUCAAAAGUGAACUGAAACAGAAAAUUGAGAGUCUUAUUAAAGACAACAAAUGGAUAGAGCAAGAGAAGAGGUUCUUUGGAGUCAGCCACACCGAUUUCGAUUUCGAAUUAUACGAGAAAAAGGAAGCGAAAUCGAAAUUGAAGAAAAUGAUUGAAGAACAAAAAGAACUCGAAACAAGAGUCAACAAACGUGUCAUGAGCCAAUACGAACGCGCUGAACAUGAACUGAACAAGUUAACAGAAAAGAAACAAAUUGUUGAAGAAGAAAAAGUCAAAAUUUUGGAUGUCAUCAAAGAGUUGGAACAAAAGAAAGAAGAAGCAUUGACAACAGCACUCAAGAAAGUCAAUGGAGAUCUUUCUGAUAUUGUUUCACAUCUGCUCUACGGUGCAACAGCAACUCUUGAAGAUGAAAAUGACCACGGAGUUCGUGGUUUCGAUUUCAUCGUAAGAUUGAAUGGUUUACAGAAAGGUUUGCAAGAAUUAUCUGGUGGCCAGAGAGCUCUGAUUGCUCUUGGCUUAGUCUUGGCGCUUCUUAAGUUUAACCCGGCUCCAAUCUAUAUUUUGGAUGAAGUUGAUGCCGCUUUGGAUUUGUCUAGAACUCAGGAUAUCGGAAGACUUUUGAAAUCUCAAUUCAAAGCUUCGCAAUUCAUCGUUGUUUCUCAUAAGGAAGGCCUCUAUAAAUAUGCUAACGUUCUAUUUAGAACAUCAUUCAAUGGAACAACGCAAAUAACAAGAACUGUUCAACACCAUGAUUAG